AUGUUUGAAUUUUGUAAAUGUUUUAUUUGUAAAGCUGAAAAUUCAGAAUUAAGAGAGGAUUUAGAAUACUUUGAUGAUAAUAAUAAUCUUUUAAAAGAAAGAAAUGAUGAUCAAGAUAAUUUUAUGGAUGAAAUGGAUGAAACACAAAAAUAUUAUUACAAUAAUUAUGAUUUUAAUGAUUCAAGUAAUGCAAAUGUUUAUUUAAAUGAUGCUAAGGAUGAUGAUAAUUCAAACAAUUUAAGUGAUGCAAGUGUUUAUAUAAAUGAUACAAAGGAUUAUGAUAAUUCAAAUGAUUCAAGUGAUAUAAAUUAUGAUAAUAAUUCAAAUGUUUCAAGUGACGCAAGUGAUACUGAGUUUGAUAAAUUAUAA